GAGCCUCCCGUUAUGUGUCAGUGUUGCCAGCAGACCUGUGCGAAACAAAAGCACUUCUCUCCCCACGUUUAACGCCUUCAAAGCACGUCUUAGAGCUGUUUCAGUCGUAAAGCUGUCAGAGGAAACAAGGAGUUACGCGGCAGAGUCGCAGAUUACACAGGAUUACAGCAGCCCUUAGACAAAGUUGGGCUCUGUUGUCUUGGCUUUGGUGGCAAGAGCAGGAGUGGCUUGAUCCUAAAGCAGCUCUCCAGAUCAGAUUUCACCCAAACCAGCUGUGAGAGGGAGCUUUGCCUUUUCUCCCCUCUCUCCCUCGCUCCAUGUUGUAAGCGCGCUCCAGACAUCCAGAAAGCGAAAGGGGGAGUGACGGCGAGAGUUUCUGAAGGAAUUUUCCUUCUCCUAGGGAAGAAUUGAAAAAGUCACCAGAGUCUAGAGAACAUCGGCGAGGAUGGAUGAUCAGCCCCGGUUGAUGCACUCCUCUCACGGGGUGGGCAUGGCCGGACACCCCGGCCUGGCGCAGCAUAUGCAGGAUGGCACGGGAGGAGCGGACGGCGAGGGAAGAAAACAGGACAUUGGAGACAUAUUACAACAAAUCAUGACCAUAACCGACCAAAGUCUGGACGAGGCACAGGCCAGGAAACAUGCACUGAACUGUCACAGAAUGAAGCCGGCUCUAUUCAAUGUCCUGUGUGAAAUAAAAGAAAAAACAGUACUCAGUAUCCGUGGAGCUCAGGAGGAGGAGCCACCAGAUGCUCAACUCAUGCGAUUGGACAACAUGCUGCUAGCCGAGGGCGUGUCCGGUCCCGAGAAAGGAGGCGGGUCGGCUGCCGCUGCCGCCGCCGCUGCUGCAACAGGUGGUGCCGGGUCCGAUAACUCGGCCGAACACUCAGACUACCGGGCCAAGCUGACCCAGAUCCGUCAGAUCUACCACACAGAAUUGGAGAAGUAUGAGCAGGCGUGUAAUGAGUUCACCACCCAUGUGAUGAACCUGCUGAGGGAGCAGUCUCGCACUCGGCCCAUCUCCCCCAAAGAGAUCGAGCGCAUGGUGAACAUCAUCCAUCGCAAGUUCAGCUCCAUCCAGAUGCAGCUCAAGCAGAGCACCUGCGAGGCGGUCAUGAUCCUGCGCUCCCGCUUCCUCGACGCCAGACGAAAAAGGAGAAACUUCAAUAAGCAGGCCACAGAGAUCCUGAACGAAUACUUCUACUCCCACCUAAGCAACCCGUACCCCAGCGAAGAGGCCAAGGAGGAGCUGGCAAAGAAAUGCUCCAUUACAGUCUCACAGGUAUCUAACUGGUUUGGAAAUAAGAGAAUCAGAUACAAGAAAAAUAUUGGAAAAUUCCAAGAAGAAGCCAACAUGUACGCUGCCAGAACCGCCGCUACCGCAACCAACGUCUCCACCCACGGCAGCCAAGCCAACUCGCCUUCCACACCAAAUUCAGCUGGUUCCGCUGGCUCUUUUAAUAUGAACUCCGGGGACUUGUUCAUGAGUGUGCAGUCUCUGAAUGGGGACUCAUACCAGGGGGCCCAAGUGGGGGCCAACGUUCAGUCACAGGUGGAUACUCUUCGCCAUGUUAUCAGUCAGACAGGCGGAUACAGUGAAAGCCUCGCUGCCAGUCAGAUAUACAGUCCACAGGGCAUCAAUGCGAACGGCGGCUGGCAAGACGCCCCGACACCCUCCUCAGUGACCUCGCCCACGGAAGGACCCGGGAGUGUCCAUUCCGACACUUCCAACUGAUCAGCACCAUCCAUCCCCAAAAGCGUGUGGGAUCUUCAGACUGCUCUCACU